CCGUUAAUCCGACAGGGAUUGGUUUGAAGUCAGCGGAGAGAGAGAGGAGUGACGGAGUUCACCGCUUUAACUCCACAAACACUGACUUUAAACCAUGUUAACGUGCACACGGGAGCGCUAAAACACUUAUACUGAAGUUGUUUAAUAUGAGCGACUAACUUUAGAGGUGAGUUUUCCUUUUUUUGGGGUGUGUGUGUGUGUGUGUGUGGAGGGAGACGCAGAGGUUGACGGGGCAGGCAGGGCUCAACAUGGAUGUCCGGGGAGCAACGGUGCGAGUCUGAGCAGGAGAAUUAAAAGGCCGGUUCUGGGUUUAUUUCUGGGCCGGGAGUUUGUGUGACGGAGGCGAGGAGGAUUUUAAAGCAACAGCCUACUUACCAGCCUUAGAAAGUGAAGCUGAUCUGUGACUGCUGGCUAAGAUGUUGAGGUUGUGGAGGCGAGACGUGCCGCUCUCGGAGAGGCUGGGGGAGGACUCUCCUCUGGCCGCAGCUCCUGCACCCCCGCCGACGUCAUCCCUGACAGGCCCAAACAUUUCAUGGUUCCCCGAAGCCCCGCUGCUGGGCGGAGACCAGCCCAUUUUCCUCAUGACCCCAGCAGCGCAGGCUGUGUCCGGCUUCUUUGUCUGGACUGCGCUCAUCCUCACCUGUCACCAGAUCUACAUGCACCUACGUUUCUACAGCUCGCCUAGGGAGCAGCGCCACAUCGUCCGCAUCCUCUUCAUCGUCCCUAUCUACGCCUUCGAUUCUUGGCUCAGCCUCCUCUUCUUCACCAACGACCAGUACUACGUGUACUUCGACACCGUCAGGGACUGCUAUGAAGCGUUUGUGAUUUACAACUUCCUCAGUCUGUGCUAUGAAUACCUGGGCGGAGAGAGCUCCAUCAUGGCUGAGAUCAGAGGGAAACCCAUCGAGUCCAGCUGUAUGUACGGUACCUGCUGUCUGAGGGGAAAGGCGUACUCCAUCGGCUUCCUGCGCUUCUGUAAGCAGGCCACUCUUCAGUUCUGUGUGGUCAAACCGCUCAUGGCCAUCAUCACCGUCGUCCUGCAGGCCUACGGCAAAUACAAGGACGGAGACUUCAAUGUUGCCAGUGGUUACCUGUACGUGACCAUCAUCUACAACAUCUCCGUCAGCUUGUCUCUGUACGCCCUCUUCCUCUUUUACUUCUCCACCAGGGAGCUGCUGAGCCCUUACAGCCCCAUGCUCAAGUUCUUGAUGGUCAAGUCGGUCAUCUUCCUCUCCUUCUGGCAGGGCAUGUUGCUAGCCAUCCUGGAGAAGUGCGGGGCCAUCCCUCAGAUUAACUCCGUGGAGGUGUCGGUCGGCGAGGGGACGGUUGCCGCCGGUUACCAGAACUUCAUCAUUUGCAUCGAGAUGUUUUUCGCGGCGCUUGCUCUGCGCCACGCGUUCACGUACAAAGUGUACAUGGACAAGAGUCUCGACUCACAAGGCCGCUGUGCCCCCAUGAAGAGCAUAUCCAGCAGUCUGAAAGAGACCAUGAACCCAGGCGACAUGGUCCAGGACGCCAUCCACAACUUCUCCCCGGCCUACCAGCAGUACACCCAGCAGUCCACGCUGGAGCAGGGGGCGCCACCGCCCGUCUCCCGCACCCACAGCACCGUCAGCGGCCGCGGCGACACAGAGAAGACCCUCCUGCUCAGCUCAGACGACGAAUUCUAGAGCGGAAACUGUUUUUUACGUUUGCAGCUGAAUCAGAUUCAGACUGUUUUUAUGGCGGACGCAGCCGUCCCUCCAUCAGUGUGUGUGAAUGAUUCGAGAGGUGUUUGUUUUUCCAGAUUUUCAGACUGACCAUGAAUGCGAGGACCUUGCUGCGGAAACAUUUCUUCACCCACAUUUCACAAGCGUCUCAUUUGGUGGGAACACUUUAAGCUGAUUCUGUGUUUAAAACUGUUGGCCAGAAAAUGAAAAGUCUGUUUUUGGAAAGUGUGCGUGAGUCACACUUUCACAAACUAAAUCGUGCUUGACUUUUGGAGACGCAAUUUUUCCAUCUCUGGAUAGAAAGCUUAAUUUCAAAUUUCAGCUCAGUCAUGUUUCCUCUGCUCAAAUGUAAUCGUCCUAAUGGAUGUUGUUGUUGUUGUUGUUGUUGUUGUUGUUGUUUAGCUCUUGUUCAGGGUUGGUUUACUUCAUGAAGGUGUUGUUGUGAUCAUGGAGGUUUCCCCUGUCAGAUAAGUUGAAUAAGAAUAUAUUUUUUUCCAUGACUAGAAAUGGAAAAUAUCCUUAAAGUUUUAUCAGGAUUUUUUGGUGAACAUGACACUAAUAUUUAGGUAUUCAUUUGCAACAGUUUAACCAAUUUGUUGGUCUGCAAGUACAUUUAUGUGUAAAUCAAUAGCAAGUAAACUAUGGGGAACCCUGGUGUGUUUUAAGGGACUGCAACGUGGAGAUGUUUUUAAAGGGAAGCCAGGUCAGAAACACGAGUUAAUGUCAGCGACACGGAUCAAUGUUGUUAUUGAUAUUUCUGGAGCAGACGAGAGUGAAGCAGAGCAGAUUAUAGAUUAUACGGUACAUCUGCUCCUGCAGUCCAGUAGGCAGCAGGAGUGAAGUGCGGGAUUACACUGAGGGGCGUUAUUUGAAUGGGCCUGGGAUUAAAGCUCGAGCCGGUUCGCUCUGGCAGCAGACCUCUGCAGGGCCACGAUGUAGGUUAACUGGAUUGAGGGAGAAACUGAAGAGGAAUAUAGGUUAAAGCUAACUUUAGAUGUCUGUUCUGAAUAGAGGAGCUGUACACAUACAUGAAUGUUGAAGGCAGACGUCUGAAGUCAAACUGAAUUUAAAGUUUGUUUCUGUUUGUGUGAGAAAAGAAUGGAGAAUUUUCUUCAUUACUUAAGAUAAUUGAACUCAGUUUUAUUCGUAUUUGCAGAAACACCAUCUUGGCUCUUGGUGUUAAGAGACAACACUGGCCUCAACAUUAAACACUGGACAGGACAGCCCAGCAGAUGAGCAGCACCAACAUCAUCCAUCAGUACCAAAAGAUUUCAAUUCAUUCACAGUAAACUAGUGUAGAGGGCGCCAUCACAGCAGAUCACAAGUUAGACCAAAUCAUACACAAUCAACAUAUUAUUUUAAUUUCAGUUUGACUUUAAAUUUGUUUCGGUAUUUUAAAUGAGUAAAAUCCAUCCGUAUCAUGUAUGUUUCUCUGCAUUUAGUCUGACACACCUUCUCUAGUGACUUCUUUGUCGGUUUCAGUAUUGUACAUUCAGCUCUGUUUUUUUUUUGCACAUUAUACAGCUAUUUUUCUGAGCUAUAGUAUAUUUGAAAGCUUAAAGCACAAUAUUAUGACAAAAUACAGUCUGUACACCACAUUUUCAUCUCACACACGUUAGACAGUCGAUAUUCUCUCAUAAAAAUAACACUAAAUGUGUAAACUUCACAUUGUUUCUUUGACUUGGAUGCUCUUCUGUUCUUCCUGGCAGUCUUGUUCUUUUUUUUUUCUUUUUCUUUUUUUUUUUUUGUUGGAUUCGACUCCACCGCAGUCGGAGCUGGUUAUUUUCUACACAUAAUUGAAGUUCUUGAGUCAUCCGAAUGAGUCAUACCGAGUCUGCCGACGUGUUUACUGUAACUACUUUCACUGUCCUGCUGUGGCUCUGUAUGGACACCAGGGGGCCGUGAGGAGAGGACGUGAACACAUUUAUGUUUUUUUAUCUCCAGGCAGACAGGCAGUUAUCACACAUCUUAAGCUUAGUGCACAUGCAACAGAAGAAAAAAAAUGCUUUGUCUAAGCACCAGUCACUUUUUUUAUCGUCUCAUCGCUCUUGUGUGUCUCUUGUGGGUUUUU